AAGUUAGCAUCUCCUAUUGAACUAAAAAUAUAGGCGAUGGCUUGGAAGAUUGUGUCACUUCUUGGAAUAGCGCUUAUUGCGCUAAGCGAUGCCCGUCCGCCAGUUUCUGAACAGAAAGUGAAGAUUGAAAACGUAGGAAAGAAUUCUGAGCAUCAUGAGGCAUACGUUUGGUCGUAUCCAUCUUAUGAAUUCUCAUACGAAGUAUCGGAUCCACAUACGCAUGAUUUUAAAGGACACCAUGAAACAAGAAAAGGCGAUGACGUAAAAGGAUACUACUGGCUUAUUCAACCUGAUGGUUUGAAGCGCACAGUCAAGUAUCACGCUGACAAAAAUAGCGGACUUGAAGCACACGUUGAUUAUGAAAAGAAAAAUGAAGAAAACAACAACGAUGAAAAUAAUGAAAGUAAUCAAGAAGAAAAUUCAAACCAAGAAAAUACUUCAGGUGGAAAUGGAAAUGAGGAAACUGGUGAAGAAAAUCAAGAAUCUAAUGGGAACAAUGGAUCAAACAAUAAACAAGAUAUUUCGAGUAAUGAAUCUGAAAAUUCGCGUAACGAAAACAAUGGCGAAGGAAAUGCUGAAGGAGAAAACCAAGAACAAGAAGGUAUUAAUAUGUCAGAGCUAGAAGAAAUCAGCCGCAAAAACUAUAAUGAUCAUGGGGGAGAACAAAAAGGUGGUUAUUACCGAGGACGAAAAUAUAUGGGGCGCAGAAAUGAGUUUUACAAAACAGGCCUCCAUAGCUACCGUGGAAAAGUUAAGUACGGUCAGACAUGGCAUUACAACAAUGGAAACAAUAAUGAAGAAUCCGAACCAGAAAAUAAUAAUGAAGAGAACAACAAUGAAGAUAGUGCUGGACAAGUUGAACAAGAAAAUAAUAGCAACAAUAACGAGGAAAGCGACAACAAUGAAGAAGGGAAUGGAGGAGAAAAUCAAGAAGGCGAUAAUGCCGAUAACGAACAAAGUGGUGAAAACGCUAAUGAAGAAAGUAGCUUGAACAGUGAAAAAAGUGAUCAUAUAGCCCAGAAAACCGAAUAUCAUGUAAUAAUACAUCAUCCUAAAUACAUUUCAAUGUCUAAAAAAAGUAAGCGACGAACGUGAUGGUAAAAAUCAUUUUCUAAAUUUUCAUGCGUCGACAGAAUUAGGUUUCUAAUUUGUCGCAGAAUACUUGUGAAGUUUGCUUUUAAUAAAUAAAUUAUAUAACU